AUGGACGACAACACCAGAUCUCCGCUGACGAAGAGCCCUACGAUCAACAUACCACCAGAACCUUCCACUGUCAAUUACGAAGCCCAGGAUAAGAAGGAUGACUCUGAAUACCAAACAUAUAUCGAGCGGAAACCGCAGGUGCAGGUCAACACCAUAGUAGCUGCUUUCAUCGGCGCUCACGAUGGACCAACCACCUUGCUCAUAGUAUACUAUGCCGGUCAUGGUAAACCUGGCAGCUACUAUGGCAGUCUGGUAUUACACGGAUUGUUCGAAUACCUGGCAGCGACCAAAGAGAUGGCCACGACACAAGUUCCUGGUGAAGACUCAUUUACGUCAGCCCUUAUAUACGCACUAGAAGCUUUGGUCGAGGAGAAAGGCAUGUCCACAACGGUGGAACUCCUCAGAAAGAUUAAGUCCCAUGCGCCCAACUUCCCUAGUGAUCAGAUUCCCGUGCUCUCCGAUCGAAGAGACGAUGCCCAAGCUGGUCGCAUCAUGCUUCAUCCACUCCACAGAAAUCAAGAAGAUGGCUCACGAACCGCUAUAUCAUCGGAAGAAACUUCCAAUCUAGAUGCUCUCAAACGCCACACCGUGACUUUGCAUUCUGAUUUCGCCAAAAAACCUCCAUCUACAGACAUUGAGAUUCUCGGCCGCCAUUUGAAUCAAAUUUUUGAGAGGUCCACCCUUGGUGUAAAUCGAGUGCGGUGGGGGGGUAUGAAACGAUCAGCGGCUGCCCGUGCUGUUGGAAGCUUUCAGGCUGGUUUGCAACGAUCUCGUCGCGCGAGCAUGAAACAGUGGCCGAUUUUUGCUACGAGUCGGGACUCACCGCAGGCGCUGGAGCUUGCAGCAACAGGGAGCGUGGGCGUCAACCCUCCGGUUGUCAGCGCCAUAUCAUUCCCAAAUUCAUCGAGCUCAAAUGAGGAGAGCGACGACGGCCACAUCUUAGUCCGCAGAGUCCGAAACAAGAAGCAGAAGUCCGAUACGGAUGGAGAAGAGGCUUCCCGAACGACACAUAGACUUUCCGUCGGAAGUCAUUGCUUUACCGUUGGCAGCCCAGCAGAGACACUCGUCAAGCUUUCAGCGCCUUCUAGUGUUGACAAAAUAGGAUUGGCGCCUGGAUGUUUGUGUAGAAGACAAUCAACGCAAGCUGUUUUAGGGUUCCACAGUUCCGAUACGCGCUGCAAGAGACGAAAGGACACAUUUUCGUAA